AUGUUGAAGGUUAAAUUGCAAGAUGGUGCUACAAUCCCUAAAAGAGCAACAGAGGGGAGUGCCUGCUAUGAUCUCUACAGCAAUGAAGAGGGCACAAUUCCAGCCCAUUCUAGGAGAAUGUUUGAUACAGGAGUCUAUGUUGAAUUCCCUAAUCAAUUCAUGUUGCAAAUCCUGUCAAGGUCUGGUCUAUCAUUGAAACACGGGCUGCAGGUUGGUGCGGGGAUUGUUGACUCAGACUAUAGGGGGUCUAUCAAGGUAUUGUUGUACAAUCACAGUGAUAGUGCAUAUCAUAUUGAGAAGCACGACAAGAUUGCUCAGAUGGCCUUGAUACACAUUGAAACGCCUGACAUAGAGGUUGUAAAUGAGAUAAAUGAUACCGAUAGGGGUGAGAAUGGAUUUGGGAGCACAGGAUGA